AACAAAAUGGCGGUGGAUGAGUCACGCCUGAAGUGUGAGAAAAACGACCUAAAAACAUCCAUACUUUAUUCCUAUCUAGCAGAAACGAACACGAAAUGGAAGCCUGUUGGUCUAACCUUUGUAGAGUACCCCGAAGGUUUGGAAAAAGUUUGUUUUUCUGUGUGAAAAAUGCUGUUAUUUUCGCGGUUUUUCCCGGCUAGGGUGGCUAGGGGCGAGUAAAAUGCUGAAAUAAGGAGGCGAUGUUGUUGUUAAGGUAGUUCGUGUUGUGUAUGUUUGUUGAGGUAGAUUUGGUGGGAGUUUCGGGCGAUGAAAAGAUAAGGAUUUGGUUGAGAUAAUUAAUAUAGCCUGAGGGUGUUGUACAAUAUACAUGUACGUUCUAUUUUUGUAACAAUUACUCAAUUAGUGACCAAUUAUAAAUAAUUAAGUGUCCAUGGAGAAAUUCAUCCCAGGUUGCACACUUGUUCUGCAAAGGGGGGAGGGUGCUAGUUACACUCCUCCCAUACAGGAAAUUUCUGCCAUCUGGAGGGGAAGGGGAGAAAAAUUUGUUUCUGAUAAUAGUAAGUAUAUUAGUAGGGUUGCACCGGAACCAAUUUUUUAAGUUCCGGCCGGAACUGGAAAAAAGUUCUGGCCGGAACUGAUUUAUUAAUCCAUAUAUAGUCAUAUGUUACUUUGUCCGUUGCCAGACAGUCAGACACUUCAAAUCAUCAAGAAGAGAGCUCACAAAUUUUAGAAUAAAAAGAUUGACAAAUGUUAAACGUCAUAAUGAAGUGUUAAUAGUGUAAAUUUCCAUUGCAUAGUCCAAAUUUCUUCCUACUUGGAACUUUUGUUCAACACAAAAACGUUUGAUAUCCUAUCUCCCUGAAAACGACAGAGUUCUGGUUUCGGCCAUGCUUUUUAUAUUAGUUCUGGCCGGAACCGGAACUCGGGGUUCCAGUCGGAACUAACCGGCCGGAACCAAGUUCCGGUGCACCCCUAUAUGUUUUAUUGUAAAUAAUAUUUGGGACGUAAAGAUUAAAUAUAGGCAAGUCUAUUUCCUAAAAGAAUCAAAAACUAAAAAUAAUGUUUGUAAAAUUUCCAAACAGCAUGACAAUUGACAAGGCACUGCAAAGUCUAUUCAGGGGAGAUAGUAGAGUUUCAAAACUUUACAAUUGGUCCAAUAAACCAGUGAAUGCAAGCGAGGAGCAAUUAGUUUCAGAGUAUUGCACUGUCUUUUUCUAUUUGAGUGUACUCCUAUGUUUAUUUUGUAUCAUCAACACUCUGCAUGUUACGUUGGAGUGGACUAUUUAAUUUUUUUUAUUAUGCCGAAUAUUGGGGGGGGGGGUUGAAAAUUUUUUUGGAGGGGUGGACAUUUUGUUUGGGGGGGUUAUAUCGGCAAUAUUGGGUGCCCCCCCACAAAAUCCGUCUAUGUUCAAUACAUUACCUCGGGCUGACCAAUUCAUUUGAUAGAAAAUUGAUCAACUUCCUGUUACUUUUAAAUGAGCCAAUUAGAUUUUGUUUCAGAACCGAUUGACCAAUAGGAAAUGCACAGGAAGUAAAAAAAAAUUGAAUUCAUAUAAAUUGGUCAGCCCGAGGUAAUGUAUUGAAUCAAUAUUUGAGGAACACUUCAAUUGGAACGGCAGUAAUAAUAUCCUGGUCAUUUCUCAUUCCAUGACCUUUCCAAAAACUGAGUUAUUAAUUGGUAGCUUUGAAUAAUCAGUAAUAGACUGACCAGCCUGUGUUGAACAUGUUCCGUGUGUAUUUUUCCAAUCUCUUACAUUUCCUUUGCCUUAUUAUUUUUUAUUCAAUCAAUUUUAUUUUCAGGAGAUCUAGCUGGCAAAAUCUUGGCCUGGUUAAGUUUAUCCCCAAUCUUUAUUCUCAUUGGUUUUGUUGCUGUGAUCAUCUUUCGACGUGAGCUACAUACGGUACAAAGUUCUAUAAAAUUAUUCCUAGGGUUGAGCCUGGAGACUCAUCAGAUAAUUACACAAAGUUGUGUCGGUCAUGUGUGCCACCCGCCCAUCAACAUACUGUAUUUGAAUUGUAAUUGGUGUUCACAGUUUGCUAAUUACCAUUAUGUUAUUGCUCAAAUUACUGUAUCUCAUUUCAUGUCUCUAUUAUUUUUUGCUUUUUCAUGAAAAAUAGCACCCCUCUGGCCAGGGCUAUGGGGGUGCCCACACCCCAGUAAAUCCAUCCCUGUAUAUCCUUCAAAAUUCUGCUUGUAUAUCCACAGCAGCUGAUUUUUAUUACAAUUUACAAUUGAAGAUACUGUAUUUAAUACAAUUUACAAGAAAUGUAGAAAAAUUCAAUUAUCUCGUUUUCAGGUAGCGUUUUUUCUUGGCUGUGUCUUGAAUGAAGGUCUAAGUAUAGCAAUCAAACAUGCAAUUAAAGAACCACGACCAUGCAGAAGUCCUACGUCACAUUAUAUAGAAUAUGGUAUGCCAUCGAGUCACGCUGCAUUUGUUGCAUUCUUCACGACAUAUACACUUUUUUUUGUUUAUGUAAGGUAAGGAUUGUGUACACUCAUAUAGACCCAUUGCACAUGACGUCACAGCGCCGGUGAUGAUGCAUCUGGAGGACAAAUUAGCAAUCUAUGCAUAACAUAACUUUUGUAAACAAAGCAAAUUUUGUAAAACUUUAUAAUAAUUUUGUAUUAGAAUGGUUAAUUUUUGUGCUGUAUGUGGUUGUUGUACUCGAACAGAUAUUGUUAGGGAGCAUCUGGAGGACACUACCUACACCAGCACAUAUCUUUUGCUUCUCUCUAUUUCACCUUUUCUUUUCGCUUUGGGCUUUUGUUCCUACUGAAAAACAUGUUCAAAUGUGUCCAAACAAAUGUCAUUUAAUUUUUUGUUUACAGACUUCCUUCACCAUCAAGUGAGUUUAUUGAUAAUCUAUGGAGACAUUUAACGUCACUAGGCCUGCUCUGUCUAACUGCAGCGGUUUCAUUUGGCAGG